UUGAAAUGUCGUGAAUCCGAGUAUCUCAAGUUCUUUCCCAAGAACUUUCCUUAGACGCGCACUGUCAGUCUCAUUAAUGGCAUCAGUUCGCGUUAUCCCUCCCAGUUGCCAAAUGUCAAAACGUCCAUCGAUGGUAACCAGCACGGUGGUCAAAACUUAUAUCGGUCUUGACAUGAAUGACUUCCUAGCGAUUUAUCCGGUUUUUAUGGUUUCAGAUUGACAGAACUUUCACAUUCACUUAACGCCCCCAUCAUCAUACCUUGGUGACUCGUCGCACGAUCAGCGCUUGCGCUUUCUGUCAACGCACAGCACAAGUUUUAAAUUCGACUCAAGUUCCCCUCCUAGUGCGGCUCCAGCGAGGUCAACACUACACUCUUCUUCCAGCUCUCGGAGUAGACAGGCAAGACUACGAUGGACGCCGACCUUUUCUGCCAUGCCCAUGAUAUGACUUUUGGCCCCAACACGAGCUUUAACGUCGUAGGGCGCGAUGUAGUCCACAACUAUUUUACCUGUGUUUGCCGCCGUAAUGGCCAACUUGAAGCUCGACGCGAAAGCGAGUCCUCGAAAGCUAUGACGCUAUCCAGCGCUUUCAAGGAACGACUCGGAGCCAAGAAAGACGGAAUUGAAGUGAUUAAACGAGCGAAAGUAAUCAUGCGGGAAGAAGUCUCUUCGAAGUGUUUAGUUGUUCGCCUCAAACAGACGAACCCUUUUCGACCGCGCGUGGUAGAAGUUAGAAGAACGGUUCAGCUUGCAGAGAUCGCGGGUAAAAAUCCCGAUAAAAGGUUCACAGUCGUCACUUUGGAGUCUGAAGAUCCGAAUCCGAAUACCCUUAGGGAUCAAGAAAUAUGGAAGUUAUGGAAACGAGUGUAUGAGCACUUGUUAGCUCACCAGAGGUCAUACUUCCCCCAAUUAUUUGGAUUGUACCAAUCGUCAAACCCGGCCAUGAUUUUCCACGAGGAACUUGUUGUUGGGGAUAAAAUAAUUGACGAGCAUGUGAGAACGCCGAUUGUACGUGUAUACCUAUUGUAUAUCCAUAUUACUUCAUGCCGUGCUCUAUUUGAAGACGGCGUUCUGAAGAGGUCCUCGAUUCCAUUUUCGGACCAAUAUAGCGACUGGGUUUUCAACCUGAAUACUUGUUCAUGGAUAUACGACAUUACAUCUAUUACUCUCUCCAACACAGAAAUCGAGGCCCCGAGCGUCUUCUUCGACAAUCCACCGUCACUUCCACACGCCUGCAAGCCAAAACUCGAUUGCAAAGAGAUAGUCGGCGCUGUUGGGCCUGACUACCUGCGUUUUGUCUCAACUAUCAAGUUGAAGAUAAACGUCAAAGACCUAACUGAAUUUCUUCGCCAAGGAUAUUUGACAUUUGGUGCUGUUGUUGACCGCAGGAAACCUGGAAUUCUCGCUCAUUUCCCUUUCGUUCCAUCUCCUGGGUGGUACCACAAAAGCAUGAAUCCGGAUAUCCAAGCCACGUUUUCAGAAUCAGUACCUUCGCGCCUUGAUCUCAAAUUCAAUGUGAAGAAGGAUUCCGUACGACUAAAUCUCCGCUUUUCCCUACGACUAACGCCAGACGACCGACACCGGCUCCGGGUCGCCUACCUUGCUCAAUCACUCUCUGUCCAUAAAAACGGUAUCAGGCGAUCUGAUCUUGUGUUCAUCGAGGAGAUUCGAUUCAAACUGGCCGGAAACUUUGUGAGGGGUCGACCAUCGGCAUACCUAUUUGUCCCGCCUCCGCCAAUUGAAUUGACCCAUGGCGUUCAAUCCACUCGGUGGCCAUUAGCCGCCCCGUUUUACUAUUGGUCGUUUGAUCCCGAAGGAAAGGAUUCGAUCCCAAAAGAAGAUUGGCAUCAGUAUGGGAUUCCGGAACUCAAACUCAAAGAAGCAUGGGUAGGGUCCAGCUGGCCGGAGGAGUUGUAUGACGCGGCUCGGGACUAUUUGGUGCUGAACAACUAUGAACUGGAUGGGGAACGGUUCGCGAGAGAGAAUGGGUGCCCAAUGUUGAUCAAAGGUGAUCCUCACGCCUCGGUAUGAAAAUCAAGAUAUUUCUGAGUGGGUAUUAUAUGUAUUCAAUCGGAGAGGAGAACACUGGGCUACGUAGGACGUGAUAAUGCCCAGUGAAUCUGUCUGGACGACGAUAAACGUCCGGAUACACCCACACCAGAGUCAUCGCAACGAAUGAUUCGACUCCCUGGACUAGUGGCAGCCGCGAGCGCUAUCUGGUUCAGUGCCGGGUCGACAAGUAUAGCGUGCGGGACGCGAUUCCCGACGCUAUCAAGUGUGGCUGAAGGGAGCAGUUGGCCGAAUUUAGGAAAGGCGGUCUUUUGUAUCGACAUGCAUUUGGAUUUUUUAAACCUCCUUUAAUUGGUAUCUUGCUACAGAUUUAUCCAGUUGCCUGAUUUUAUCUUGAAACCUUGGCAACUUUGCGACACAGGAGCAGCUUUCGUCCCGCAUGCUACCCUAUGAGUGGUUAACACAGACACAGAAUGUUCAAUAACGCCUGUUCCGUAUACGUCACCGCUAUCUUUCCUUUCCCUUUCUCUGUUCGUCUGCCUUAAAAUGCUCUCCAUCCACAUCUAAAGCCUCGGAGAAUAUCAGUCCCAUCAUGGGCAAACCCAAAGAGCGAGCGAAAUCCGUCGUCAAGGGAUCGAAACCCAUCUUCUCUUCCCAUACUCAGAUGUCGUUACUGUCAGAGGUCGUGGUACAGGAGCAAGUGCAGAACAAGGGGGUCCCAUACGUUAACUGUGCGGCAUGACGAAUUGCCCGUCUGGAUCCAAGAACCAGUAGUACUGCUUCUUCCCUAACAUUCAAGUGUCUCUGUCCGAAAAAUCAUCCGCAAGUCGUGGUGGAGAGUGCAGGUAAAGGUAAUGUGUUGGUCAUGGGGAAUCGCGACAUGAUCCGUCAACCAGUGCUACGUCAGCCGCAUAGAAACAGGAAGGUGAUCUUGCACGCACCAUGUCAAUAUGACCCUUUUAUCUUUCGGUAUAUUCAGCGUACUGAGAACGCGGAUAACCAGCUCAUGAUCAUCCAUGAUCCUUACAGCGGUUUGCAGAACGUAGGGCGCGAGCGGGUUUUUUCCCCGCG